AUGUACGCUGCUGCCAAGUUAUACUGCUCUCCAGAUCAGAUCAAUGCUGGUCAAGCUGCCAUUAACACGACUUGCACCUCGUAUGGAUUGAUUCAUUUGGUUCCUUACGAGACUGUCCUACCAAAUCUUACCGACACUUUCAUUGCUAGUCUACCAGUUGUCAAUUUCGAGGACAUCGGUACGGUAGCAGUUUGGAAUAGCUCCAUCUUGAUCUCUCCAUCGCUUUUCAGGACUGGCGUGGACACUGAGUCAAGUUUCGAUGAAGAAUCUGCCCUUCACCAGAAAUACGGAUGGGGUGUCUAUGGCUUCUGGGGUGGUGUUCUCCUGAUCGGCAUCGUCACUCGAUUUAUCAAAUUCCUUCCACAUAAGAGCCUCAGUCAGCGUUCGUCGGAACAGGAGGUUGAAUCGCAGCAAAAAGCGAGCCGAUCUAGACCUUACACAGUCCUUGAGAAGAUCCAUGGCUGGACACAGACCAAAUUCAUCAUCCCACCUAUAAUAGGCUCUUAUCAUAGACGACUCUUUUGGGGCUGCUCCAUUCCAACUCGUAUAGAAACCAUCGUGUUGACAGCGUAUUGGACAUGGUCACUUAUCAUUUGUAGUGUCAGUUACAAAGCAUUUUGGCCAAACCUCUACUACACACCGAGUGACCAAAUCUGGCGGUAUGUCUCAGAUCGCACUGGUACUAUGGCAUACGCGAACCUUCCCGUGAUGUGGAUGUUCUCUGGACGAAACAACGUCUUCUUGUGGGCGACAGGGUGGGAAUUUUCGACUUUUAAUAUCUUUCAUCGACACAUCGCGCGAAUCGCCACAAUUCAAGCCAUUGUUCAUUCUGUUGGAUACUCGGUCAUGGAGUUGAAAUCGAAGUCAUACAAUUUUGAUUGGACGGAACAGUACUGGUAUAUGGGCGCGAUUGCUACUAUAUCGAUGAGUUUGAUUCUAGGAAGCUCUUCUAUCCUUGUUCGUCAGAAAGCCUAUGAAAUCUUCCUCGUGCUGCACGUCGUCUUGUCAAUCGUGACUUAUGGUUGGACUGUUCUUGUAAGCCAUACCAAGAUCUUUCUCAGUCAGUACGAUCCGUAUGUCUGGCCUCUGGUAGCUAUUUGGUGCUUCGAUCGCUUUGCUAGGAUUGUCCGCCAAGUCUACUGUAACAUUCACGUCAGUCUCUCUGGAGACAUGUCGACGUCCAAGAGCACAGUCGAAUACAUCAAAGAUGCAGAUCUUCUGGUCCUCAACGUGACUGCGGGAUCUCAAUUAUUGAAGCCAAAGCCGAACCAGCACUACUUUCUUUACCAACCUUUCAAAUGGCGUGGAUGGGAGAACCAUCCGUUCACUGUUGCGAGCUGGACCAACAACGGCGACGAGUCCCAUCCGGCAUCUCCAGUAGAUAGUAUUCAGAGCAUCAAUCUUUCACCCACGACAGGGAAAGAUGACAGCGAGAUUGCUGUCUUCCCAGUCGCCACCCCAAUUCCUGCUAUCCGCCCAUCUGGAACCACACUCACGUUCUACAUCCGUCCCUCCACAACGUCCAACAUCUCAUUCACAGCCCAGCUCCGCUCUCUGUGCUCAUCAUCAGAUCAACCCGUCCCACUCACCAUCCUCUUAGAAGGACCAUACGGGCACAGCACUCCUCUUCACAACUACGACAACGUCCUCCUCAUCACAGGCGGCACUGGAGUCUCUGCCGCACUUCCUUACCUCAAGUCUCAUCUCCAACCAGGGACCACAAAUCGUACACGGAAUCUUCGCUUCGUGUGGGCUGCUAAGCAAGUCCCUAUGGUCCACGAAAUCUUCCACCGGGAACUUGAGAACCUGCCUAUGAAUGAGACUGCGAAUCUGAGUGUGUUCGUGACGGGAGAAGAUGCAUUGACUCAACAGAUUAGUGGAGAUAUCUCGGAGACUGUGAAAGAAGUGAGGCAGGAGAUGAUGGCUCUAAAUAUAAAGUACGGAAGACCGGAUGUGAAGCGGAUUAUUGAGGAGAUGGUGGAUGAGAAAGGGAAUGAGAGUUUGGCGGUGUUGGUUUGUGGUCCGGUUGGGAUGGCGGAUGAGGUGAGGGCUGCGGUGGGUGCGUGCUUGAAUGGAGGGGCUAGGAGGGUGGAGUUUGUGGAGGAGGUUUUUGGGUGGUGA